AUGGCUCAGCAGGACCUGAGGGCGACAGACUCAAUCCACAUCAGAGCAAGACAGCAGCCGACCACAACCCCGACAGCCAUCCCUCUCACGACGACUUUCAUCCCACCAGACUCUUGUAACGGCGGACAGCUCACGAUGCUGCCCUCGCCCGGCUAUGAGAUAUGGCUCAACGAGCCCGUGCCAGUUCCUUCGAGCACGUUCUCGGGCUGCUACCCGUCCGAGUUCCUGCAGGACUACGAGACCUACCGGGUAAAUACGAAGGAAGUAGGCUCGCGUGUACCCAUGAUGAAGCCCUUGGUCUGUCCGUUUGGUUGGCACGUGGUCUCAGCAACUGGCAGUUAUCAAGCAUGCUGCCCUACAGAAUAUUUACUCGCUCCGCCAUCAACGCCUGUGGAUGCCAAUCGCCCUGCUUACGGGGGGACAUGUUAUAGUGACUGGACCUUGGGCCAAUUUGCGUCCGUAUCUGGUUACGGGCCAUCUUCUUUCACGGGGAUGGUGUUGGCCUCGGCCACCGUGACUCCGUUCCAGGUCUACGCUCACGUUAUUGAUGGGAUUGCCGUCCCUACGGAGUCGACAAGCCCUUCGAAUGGCGAGACCUCUGGUUCGACGACGGUCAACUCCGGUUCAUCGACCCUGCCCACGGGCGCCAUAGCCGGCAUCGUGGUGGCUGCCGUGGUCAUCGUCCUUGUUUCCAGCGUUGUUGCAUUCCUCCUCCGCCGCCGCCGCCGCCGGCGUCGUCUAGCACCCACACCACCACCACCGCCGCCGAAGGAGAACGGAGACGGUGUGUUUAUAAAUUCGCCUGCCAUCGCGACGCCUUCUUACCCUUCUGAGAUGGACUCAAAGCGUGACCCUUCUGAGAUGGAGUCAAAGGAGUCAAAGCAUAACCCUUAUGAGAUGCACGCAAGGCCCAACCCUCCUGAGUUGGACGCAGAGCGUGACCCUUCUGAGAUGGCCGCAAAGGAGCCUGCAAGAAGCAUCUACGAGAUGGAGGACGGGUCGGUCGGAUGGAGCAUCGCGCGUGCUCAGCCGCGUGUUCAGCAGUCUCCUGGAUGGCUAUAA